AGCCGAUUACGAUGAUUUCAUUAGAGAAGUCGUCGAAAAGAAUGGCCAAACGAAGAGUUAAUUGUUUUUCGUGUGAUCAAUCAUGUUCGGUUUCGAAUGUGAUAAAUCUGAACGCAAAAUUUAACAACAAUCCUCAUCGUACGGUAGCUGAUGCUGUGCUUGAUUUUGCGAACAUUGAGGUUAAUGCGCAGAUUUUAGGGGCAGAUGAAGUUGUCUGCAUAAACGUUUGCUACCGGCGGCUGGUAGAAGGUUUAGAGUUUCAAGAUUUGAUAAGGCACGUACUUAAAAGUAUGUUCGCCCGACUCGAAAAGGCUUGUUCCGAUAGCCAGGAAUCACAAGAUGCUUUCGAAGACACGACAGAUCAAACCGCAUACGUGAAGGUGGGAGAUGUUAUGGAUUGCGAAAACAGUAACGCCGAGGAGAUUCUAGAACAAAUCGAUUGCUUUGAUGAACAAGAAGUAUCGACUGAACCAGGUGGAUUGAAUCAAGACGUUCCGGAAGAAGAAGAUGGUAGGCCUUUCGUCCAACCAGCUCCAAAGUACAUUUCCACACACAUGCAGUUCGAAAACUUCGAGUACUUUGAGCUAAACGGUCACAGAUGUUGCGGUUGUAGCUUCGUUGCCGAAACGAUGAGGGAACUGGCCCAACAUGCCAACGAUUUUCAUUCCUCUCAGUAUGGAUUAUCAGCCGAUCGUACAUAUGUUUGUUCGAUUUGUAGGUCAGCCUUCGAUUCCGCAGAAACACUAGAUUUACACAAGCAAAACCAGUCAAGAGAAAUUUUCGUCUGUAAAUGCUGUACAUUAGCCUUUAGUACAAAACAGCGCUUGAUGAGGCACAUGAUGCAGUAUUCGUUUGAAGAAAAUGAUGAAACGGUACUGAUCCAAGAGCGCAGGUCUCCCGCGGAUCAGCAACACGAGAGCUUAUUGGACGAAGUACUGUAUGCUGAAGAUACUUUAAAAAGUGACGAAAUCUCCGAGAAAGCGCUAUUGCUUGAGGAUCAAUACGUAACGCACGUAGAAGAUUACGACGACUAUCGAAUCCUGCAUACCGAGGCGGAGCGGUGUUGCAGCUGUGGCAAGUUUUUCGCAAACUACGAUGAAAUGCUCGCCCAUGCCCUAGCAUCGCACGAACACGGGAAUAUUUCUAGCGAUAGGAGUUGUCUUGCUUGCGGUGAGACAUUUCAUUCGAAGAGAAACUUAAAGCAUCACAAUGCUACCAAUAGUAGUUUCAAGAAAAUCUUCCAUUGCAAACUUUGCAACGUUUCGUACGUACGGAUCCAUCUGCUCGCGCGCCAUAUUCUAACCUCGUUGAAGCAUCGUUCAAAUGGAACCGGUAAUAUACUGGAGAAACGUCACGACGAGCAGCUUGCGGCCAUUCUUCGUCAAAAGUCCUACGACGCCAGCAAAUUCUCCGGUUUCGGGUGUUGCUUCGUUCGCUGCGGCGCAACAUUCGACGACGAAAAGCAGCUUCAGAGCCACGUGGAAGAAAUGCACGCCGUCCGUAGACGGAUACACGCCAGCGAGCGUACCUCCAACCAGCACGUGUGCGAUGUAUGCCAGCUGAGCUUUUCGAAGGAGCAAAACCUUCAGCGGCACCGUUACAGCUGGCAGAUGCGAAAGGUCAACAUUUGCAGCUACUGUGGAAAGGGUUUCCCGAAUCAGAGUGUCCUGUGGGAGCACGAACAGGUGGAGCACACCGACAUGAGCCCCCAGUUCGAGUGUGAACACUGCGGGAAACGGUUCAAGAAAAAGUCGCUAAUCAAACUCCAUCUCGUGACGCACCAGGAAGUGCGGAGAUAUGGCUGUGACCAGUGCGGCUCGCGGUUCCACUUCGGGCACCAGCUGAAGAAGCACCAAAACUCGGUCCAUGCAACCGAAUUGCCGUACGAGUGCAAGUACUGCGAACAUAAGAUGCCCAGCAAGCAACGGUACGAUCAGCACAUGCGGAAGCACACCGGAGAGCGUCCCUUCGAGUGUCGGCACCAGUGUGGCAGGACCUUUUCCCACACAACCGACCGGCGCCGCCACGAGAUGUCGGCCCAUACCGGGGAAAAGCCACACAAAUGUCAGGCAUGCGGGAUAGCGUACGUGCGCCGAAGAGAGCUCCAGCUGCACAUCCAGAAACAUCCGGAUCAUAAUGUUGAAGAAAGUGUGCAGGAAGUUGGAACAACAAACGACGAUUUCCUAAACCUUCAAUCACUAAACGGUGAGAGAAAGCAGCGCACAGCCAUGUUAGUGAAACAGUGUCGGAUAUGUUUGGGGCCUGACAACGAUGACUUGAUUUCCGUGCUAUUGGUGCAGGAACAAGUGACGAUAGCGGACAUGAUUGUAGCCAUCACCGGGAUUGCAGUGACCAGCGACCGCCGUUUGCCACAAAACAUUUGCCUCAUUUGUUUAGAACGGUUGAAAAUAGCUUAUCAAUUACGGCAGCAGUGCAUCGAGGCGGAUCUUUGCCUGCGUGCGGAAUUGUCUACUUCGAGUGAGGAAUUGUACAUAGAAAAACUUGAAGAAGAAACUACACUCGCAGCCAAUUCACCUGAUGAAGUAAAACCACACGAGAAGAGCACCAUCGUUGAAAUUUUAGACGCGUCUGAAGAACACGGGGAGUCAUUUAAAUGUCAACAAACUGACGAAGAAAUUAUAUCCGUGGAACACAACGUUGCGUCGGAACAGCAUGUUUGGCAGGAAAACGUCCAUUAUCAGUCGGUAGAGGCGGAAUGUUUUCCGUGCUGUGGAUGCACCUUGAGCUUCGGUUCAGAGCACGAACUAAAGGUACAUUCGGUGAGGUCACACCGAGGCUCUAAGCGGUCCAAAUUUCAUCCCCUACAGUGCGUGUCUUGUUAUGAAAAAUUUCACAGUCGAAAAAGGUUGCAAAUCCAUCUCACGAAAGCAGCAAGAAAAAGGACAACAAUGAUGUUCCAAUGUAUUUCCUGUAAAGCCCUGCUACCGGAGCGGAAUAGCAUUCACGAGCAUCUAGAGCAGCACGAAUGGAACUCCCUAUCUGAAGAAAGUAACAUACUGUUGCGUGAUAGUGACUUGCACGAAAUCCGAGAAGAGGAAGACGAAACGGAAAUGAGUGAUAAUCCAGCUUGCACAUUGGAAGAAAUUAAGAUUCAAAUACAAAGCGAUUCUCAAGACGAUCAAGGGAACAGUGAUAAUUCAAGAAGCGAAUCGGUUGGUGAUGGGAAUGUAACACUGGAUGAAGAAUAUGACAUUGAAAUAAGGAUUGAAGAAGAAUCGGAGAUGGCAGAAGAUGAGCUGGAUAACGUUGGGCUUGAAGAGGAACAUCAUGUUGGAAAUUGGGAAGAAACAUCACAAUUCGAAGAGGAUGGACAACAGCAAAGUUCCACUGAGAAUGCAGCUAAAAUGAGGCUAGAAAGAAUCAUGUGCAACAUUCCAGACGACACUAUGCGCAUAGCAGUGCAAGAAGAGUGUUACUCAAUCGUAGAACUGGUGCACCGUCGUUGCUGCUGUUGUACAGAGUUUUUCAAAACGACGGAUAAGCUGGAGAAACACCUGGCGAGGGUACGACAACCAGUGGAGAGUGCUGAUGCACCGAAGUACGUAUGCGAAUACUGCGGAAUGCACUUCAAGUACUCUGUCCUGUACGUGGCACAUAAACGAAUCCGAGAGCAGCAACAGUUCUACAUGUGCCGACUUUGCAAUCGAUUGAUGCCCUCGGAGUCGCGCAUGAAAUCACACAUGUUGCACACGGCGGAGCAUGCCAUGUUUUUUAAGCUUUUCAGAGAGAACGUUACCGAUCGGUACGAGUCGGUGCAGCUGCCGGGUGAAAGAUGCUGCUGUUGUUGGGCGUAUUUUGACAGUCACAAGGAAAUGGUGGACCAUUUCGUUUCGAAUCACGCAGCGGAAGCGGGAGAAAAGGGUAAGCUGAAGUCGAAGGGAUCGUUCUCGUGUGGGAUUUGUCGCCGACGGUACACUAAGCUGUUGUACCUGGAGCGCCAUACGAGACUAGCAACGAAUGUGCUGCAGUACUUUUGUAAGUUGUGCUCGUUUCAAACGCGAAGCCAGCGGCGCAUAGAGCUCCACCUUUACUGCGGGAUUCAUCGCGGUGAAAUGCCCCCCAUCGCGCUGAAACCACUGGAAAACAAUUUUAAUGCCAGCGAAAGGUUACGGUAUUGCUGCUUCGAUAAGUGCAAGCAGCAUUUUACCGAUGUGGAAGCCCUUUAUCAGCACGCCCGCGAGACGCAUACGAUCCAAUUGACAGCGAACGCGCGUCACACGGAGGGCAUGCUGGAAAUGAUUGAGGGUGAAUUCUUGGAGUGUGACGUGUGUGGUCUGUUGUUUAAAAACGUAACCGCCCUGAAGCAUCACCAAGCGCUGCGGUCUGGCCAGCAGUGUAUCUGUUCGAUUUGUGGCGUCAGGAUGCGCUCCCGGGCCAUCCUCUUGGCACACGAACGAACGCACACCGGCGAACGACCGUAUACGUGCGAUGUCUGUGACAAAACGUUCACCUCUACCUCGACGCUUUACUCCCAUAUGAAGUGCCACGUUCCGCGUCAGUACGAAUGCGAAACGUGCAAGGAAAUGUUUGCGCGGCUGGAAAACCUUAAACGCCACAUACGGUUGCGUCACGGUGAGGCGACCCACCAGUGUGGAGUGUGCCCGAAAAAAUUUAAGACGCCCGAAUCUUUGGGAGCACACAUGCGAUCGCACACCGGAGAUAAACCGUACAAAUGCCGCACGGAAUCGUGCGGAAAACGGUACGCGAACAUUGGCGAUCGCAGAAGGCACGAAAUGUCCGUCCAUACGCUUGAACGGCCGCACAAGUGUUCACACUGCAAUUCGGCGUUUAUACGAAAACGCCAACUGAUCAUGCACGAGAAACGGCACACGGGCGAAAAAUCGUUCGUCUGCCAGCUGUGCGGGAAAGGUUUCUAUGAAAAACAAUUUCUCAGCAAACAUACCUGCAAACUAGCAGUUCUGACGGAAACAAAGAGUGUCUAAUAC